AUGACUUCCAACCGCCUCCGAAGAAUCGCCAAGGAGCUCGCUGAUAUCCAGAAUGACACAGUCUCUAAGAUAUUCUGUGAACCAUCAAAUGGAUCGGAUCUGUCGCACUUGUUGGCUACCUUUCCUGGUCCUCCCGACACCCCGUAUGAAGGGGGAACGUACAUUGUGGACAUUAAGAUCCCGGACGAGUACCCCUUUAAGCCUCCUAUUAUGUACUUCACCACCAAACUCUGGCACCCAAAUGUCAGCAGUCAAACUGGUGCCAUCUGCCUGGAUACUCUCGGCUCAGCCUGGACUCCAAUCAUCACUAUAAAAUCCGCCCUCAUCUCUCUCCAAUCCCUCCUGGCCACGCCCGAGCCGAAAGAUCCCCAAGAUGCCGAGGUGGCCAGCAUGCUGAUGAACCACCCCGAACAGUUCCAGCGGAAAGCGCGAGAGUGGGCAAUUCAACACGCUGCAGCUCCUCCUCAUACCAGCUGGGAUGUCCAAGCCGCAAAAUCACUUGGGCCAUCGAAGCUGAAAUCACAAAAGCUGCUCUCUCGUGAAGAGGAAAUGAGAAAAUACCAUGGCUAUAAUAAGGAUCUGAUUGAUCGCUUCGUCAAUAUGGGGUUCGAUAUUGACCGCGUAGUUGAGGCUUUCGAGUUUGUCCACAUCGACAAGAACAACGGGGAUGACUACGAGCUCGAGGAAGCGUAUAUGGGCGAUAUCACUGCGAGAUUGUUGGGUGAGCCAUGA